AUGAUUUUAAGGUUUUUUUUGCUAUUCUUCUUUGCAGAUGCAGAGCUGGAUUCGCAUAGCUUUAAAAGUCCACUUAUUCCGGAGCAUGCACAUAAGUUUGACUCGAUUGGAUCUGCGGUCCCAUUGAAGAAAUAUGUAAGAUUAGCACCUCCGCUGCAGCAUAAAGUCGGAGCACUUAUCUCAAAAACUACAUUAGAAGACAGUCUAGUUGUGAUUGAAAUAGAAAUGUUCAUCUCUGGCGCCAGCAUAGUAGAAGAUAUUGGCGCUACAUUCUGGUUUUCCCAACACAACCCUGAGCUUUUUGCAACUGGAAUCAUUUAUGGAGUCACCGAAGAUUUCAAAGGCAUCGCCGUCGUCAUAAAUCCAGGCAAGCAAGAAAUAAUGGGUUACCAAUACAACGAAAAUCCCCCUCUAAACCUCACUUUUGUCAGUAAUCUUCCUUCCUGCACAACUCAAAUGAAAGGUGAAUUCCAUAUGGAAAUAGAAAGUAUCCCUAACAAACUUACAGUCUAUACCUGGCAAAAAGGCAAACCCAAAACCAAAUGCAUAGACUUCGCCACUUCUUUAAUGUCAAAACCCUAUAUAGGAAUCAGCGCAAACACAGGAGAAAACUCAUUCGCUGUAUUUGAUAUUUCAAGCAUCAGGUCAGAAAUCCCAAUACAAGAAGGAAAUCAAUUCGAAGCUUUAAAAAUGAUGCAGGAAAACUUCAAAACUGAGCUUUCUGUGGUGAAAAAUGAAACUAUUGAGCUUACACAAAGGAUACAAAAUAUUUCUGAAAGCCAAGAAUUGAUUGAUAUACAAAAUAAAAUUGGAGAUAUGAAGCUGAUGGCGAAAAAUCUGAAGCAAAGGAUUGAAAAAGUGAGGGACGCUAUUAUGGUUUUGCAUGUAGAUGAUACUUUUGCAAUAGAUAGCAAUGAAUAUAUAACGAAAGUAGGGGCAAAGGCUGCAGGGAUUUUGGAUAAGGUGAAAAGCUUGCAGGAUUAUGUGUCAGGACAAGGGAUUUUGAAACCGAUACAGAAUACUGUGGAUGAACAAGCAAGCAAUACAUUAGGGACUGGAAAACAGCUGGAAGAAGCUGCUAAUAGAUCGCAUGAAAAAACAAAAUUGGUUAACCAGAAAAUACAGAAUGAGUAUAGAUUUGUGUGGAUUUUUUCAGGGCUCGUAGGGUUGGUAAUUGUGCUGGGGCUAAGCAUGUGUAAGCUGGUGAGUGUUGAAAAAAUACAUACUUUAUAA